UCCAUGAAGCUUUAGGGGACUUUCCGUAUUCGGGGUGGUAAGAACAACGGCAUCGACAGAGACACGAGGAAUAGCGACGACGCAGCUCUCUCUCACUCUCUCGCAUACUCACACUCUGUCCCUCUCGCAUCUCAUCUCCUACUCCCCUUCUCUCUCUCUCCCUUUCUCUCGCGCUUUUGAUCAUGUUCUAGUGUGCACUCUUUCCUGGCCUUGCUGCUGGAGGUAUGAGCGAUCCCGUCGGAGUGAUUCACGAUGCGGGGUUCACUGCAGCAGCCGCCGUUAGGGGUUGUUUGAUUAGUUGGUACUAAGUGGAGGUUGUUUAGCACGGGAUUAGGGCGUGAGAGAGGAGUUCUUCCAGGUGUUUUAGACGAUGCGGAUGAUUACGUGUCCCCUUGGAGUAGGAUAUCGCGUUUAGUUGACUUGGGUCGUCAGCUCAUGGCGGGUUUUGGUGAAGAUCGGUCUCUACUGGGGGGCGUAUAUUUGGUUUGGGGCACUGUAGAGGUUGGACGUCGGCGACCUGAUGGUCUUCGUUCCAUGUGAUGCUGCUGAGUGGAGCGAUGUAUUGGCAUGUUCUCAGGCAUCUUGAUCACUGUGAGGUUCACUGUUGAGUGGCGGGUUCAUCGCAACGGAUCGCCGCAAGUCUAGGGAAAGAGGAGUGUAUAGGCUCAUUCCUUGCCUGCUUCGGCCGUGUUGAUUCGAGUUUGUUUACAGGUUUUAACUUUAUAAACCUGGGGUUUAUACGCUGCUGGAAUUUCAUUAUGAGGGAAGAGUUUUGUUUUGAGGGUUCCAUUUGAGGGAAAAAAAAAAAAAAAAAAAAAAAAAAAAACUCGGUAGUUAGUCGAGGUAAUGUCGCAGUGGAGCUAUUUUGAGUUGCAGAGAGAAAGGUUUGUUUUCCUUCCGACGAGGUUGGAAACUUUCAGUCAGUUUUAGCAAUUGACGAUCAUCCCGCACGAGUGAGGCCAAAUUCCGAUGGAGGAUGACUGUAUGGAGUCUACGCCGUCUACUCCUGAUUACUCCACCAACAAUGUGUAUAAUGCAAGGUUAGAAUGUAUACUACGAGGCUUUGCAAAGGAUCCGAAGGCUCUAGCUCAUAAACUUGGGGACUUUACUGUGCGAACAUUAGUGGGAAUGAACGAGGAGGACUACCAGAAACUGUUUGAGUUGUUGCGUUCGAACUUAUCGGUAGCUGAUUUUUUCGCUAUCAAAGUGGCAGUUAGAGAAGCCAAGAAGCGCUUCAAUGCAGAGACUACAUCCCCGCGCAGUGCCCACUGCACCCCGCGUGCAGGCAACGCUUCAGGUGUGGCACGCCCUGCCGUCGAUGUGGCCUCCUCCAGCCACAUUGAUGUGGAGAGACCUCUCCCUAGACUCCCAGAGCACGUGAUCCACAUGGUGCUUGCGCAUCUCCCCGUCCCCUCCUUCCUCCGAAUGCGCGUCGUGUGCAAAGAUUGGUGGCACCUCAUGUACUCCACAAGCUUCCUAGAGCUUUGUUCAAAGCAACCUUCAGAACGCUCGUGCUUCGUCUUCUACGAGCGGGGGAAAAUGGUAGCUAACGGCGAAGGCGCUAUCUACAUUCCCUCAUCCAACAAGUGGCUUAAGCUUAGCCUAAGCUUUCUUCCCUGCAAUUUGAAGGAGCCUGUGUUAGUCACUGGCGGAGGCGGCUUGCUCUGCUUCGUCUGCAACAAAUCCGAAAGUGGUAGUGUAAUUGUGGUCUGCAACCCAGUCACGAAAUCUUGGCGUGAACUUCCUCCUUUGGACGUGGAAGAUCCGGAGGUCUUCAUGUGGUACUUGGCAAUGGUAAGCAUCGUCGUGGACGAGCACUCCAAUAGCUACAAAGUUAUCUUAGUAAGCCAAACUAGUUAUGAGCUCUACGAUGCUAGUUGGAGAACCUUUUCGUACAGUAGUUUAACGAAAGAUUGGUCAAGACCCUCGACUCAUCAUCUGGGUGCGAAUGUCCAUAACGAUACCUGUGAGAUAUGGACUCCUGUCGAGUGCAAUGGCGUCCUGUUUGAGAAUUUUGGCACCGAGUAUGUUUGGACAUACGACUUGCAUAAGGGUACCUGGCGACACAUUGAGCUGCCGAGUCCUUCGGACUCUGCUGAAGAGAGAGGGCUGGUGGAGAUUCAUGGACAUCUCUUUAGGGUUCUGCAGACUGAAGACUAUGAGACUAAAGACAUUCAAAUCUGGAAGCUCAACCCCACUGAUCUGUCGCUUACCCUUGUGGUGUUCAUGCCGCCUGAACUAGCUGCCACGUUUUUGGACGUUUCCUUCACUGUGCUUGGGAUCCAUAGCAUUGCCGGCAACGAUGCUCUUUGUUUUCUUUCCCUUAAAGGCCAAUCCGCCCUGCUCUACGAUUUGAGUGAGAGGUCUUGGAAUUGGAUGCCGAAGUUCCCCUUAUUCAAAGGAUCUAAUAGUUGCUACUUGAACCUGAGGCUUGACAUCUCGGCUUGAUGAUUCUGAACUGGCAGCAACGGAGAGUAGUCAUUGUCUACCUUUGCUGCUGUGGCUGGAUCGGUGCUCAUGAAUUCAUGCUCUUGAGCUUGAUUCGGCAGGACAUAUCUACAUGCACCAGGUUGUUGCUGAGCACUAUCUAUGUAAAAAAAUUGUUCUGAAAGUAGUGGCAAUCUUUUGCCAACGCCGAAAAAAUCGCCUGUGGAUUAUUUUAAAUUUUUAUUUUCAUAUUAUUUUCCAAAACAUCAUUAUUGCAGAAAGUUGUUUCAUUAGUUUUAUGUUGGUUUACAGCUGCCCAUUCACAUACUUGACAAUGUGAUAUGUUCAUUCUCGCAGUGUUGAAGAGACCUGUUCUGCUCAAAAUACCGAAGACCAUGAAAAGUUUCCAAAUGAAGUACAUUAACAUCAAAAGCUUCGGUCAACCGCUAGAUACUUAUUUAGUAUUUUGGCAUGAGGUGAAAAUAAUUAUAGUUGUGAAUAUUUAAUUGUAAUCACAAUUAAAUUUAAUAUAAUUUGUGUUUUAAGUCGGUCAUUUAUU